CGUAACGCCAACUCCUGGGGCUUCUUAGGAAGACAUAAAUCCACGACUAAUUCUUACUUGCUGUUUUCGCCUAUCACAUCAAUAUUCUCACCAGAAAACAGCUCUGUCGGCAUGCCUCUCAUCUUACGCCGGGCGACAGCAGCGGACGCCUCAGCCCUAACAGAAAUUUACUUCUCAGCAUUUUCACUCGACGCCGCCUCUCUAGUUAUCUUCCCUCGUGGCCCCGCUUCAUUCAAAUGGUGGUACGACAGCGUGAUUGAAGAAAUGCAAGGCACUUGUUCAAGCUUCGUCUGUGUAUAUGACUCCUCAUCUCCCAAUCAAAAAAUCGUAUCAUACGCCAAAUGGAACAAUCCAUCAGCCCCUGUAACAACCAAUUUACCGGAAUGGCCUCAAGGUUCAGAUAUAAAGAUUGCCAACCUCUUCUUUGGAAAUCUUCUUGAGCAGCAUGCAGAGCGGAUGAAAGGGCGGAAGCACUGGUAUUUGGAGGUUAUUGCUACGAGGCCGGAGUAUCAGGGGAAAGGAGCUGGGGGACAGCUGAUCAGGUGGGGUCUUGAGAAAGCGGAUGAGGAGGGAACGGAGACAUAUUUGGAGGCGAGUCCGCAUGGAAAGCCCAUCUAUGAACGAUAUGGAUUUCGGGAGGUGGAUAGAUUGGUAGUGAAUUUUGAGAAGGAGGUUUUGGGGGAGAAGGAGUUUGUGGAGGUGUUCAUGCUGAGGCCCAUUACUGCUCAAAAAGGUGAGAAACGGUCGUAAGAACUCACGUUGAACGGGCAGUUGAAACAGUUAGAUUAGUAGACACUUCGCUCCAACCUAUCCUGAUAUUUUUCUAAGCAAUUGACUUCAAUUCUCGGA